AGUAUGUCCACGUGUCAUACAUUGAUUGACUGAGUGGCUGUUGCCGAUAUUUUUUCACUAUAAAAUGCAAAGCCCGGUAAACCAAUUCUUCAAGUAGCUACAGAAAGCUUUCGUUUCAUUGCAGUGAAAAGAAAAUUCCUAGAGCACAACACCCUUUCACUUUCAAGAUGCAAAUAUUUGUGAAGACCCUCACUGGCAAAACCAUCACUCUCGAAGUUGAGAGUUCAGAUACCAUAGACAAUGUUAAGGCCAAGAUUCAAGACAAGGAAGGCAUCCCACCAGACCAGCAGCGUCUCAUUUUUGCAGGCAAGCAGCUGGAGGAUGGGCGUACCCUUGCUGAUUACAACAUCCAAAAAGAGUCAACCCUUCAUUUGGUGCUCCGUCUCCGUGGUGGAAUGCAAAUCUUCGUGAAGACUCUCACUGGAAAGACGAUCACCCUUGAGGUGGAAAGCUCUGAUACUAUUGACAAUGUCAAGGCCAAGAUUCAGGACAAGGAGAGCAUUCCACCAGACCAACAGAGGCUCAUUUUUGCUGGCAAACAGCUUGAGGAUGGCCGAACUUUAGCAGAUUACAAUAUUCAGAAAGAAUCCACCCUUCAUUUGGUGCUCCGACUCCGUGGUGGCAUGCAAAUCUUCGUCAAGACCCUCACAGGAAAGACCAUCACCCUUGAAGUUGAGAGUUCUGACACCAUUGACAAUGUCAAGGCCAAGAUCCAAGACAAAGAGGGUAUCCCACCUGAUCAGCAGAGGCUCAUCUUUGCUGGAAAACAGCUUGAAGAUGGUCGAACCUUGGCUGAUUACAACAUCCAGAAAGAGUCAACUCUCCACCUGGUUUUGCGUCUUCGUGGUGGUAUGCAGAUUUUCGUGAAGACUCUUACUGGCAAGACAAUUACUUUGGAGGUAGAGAGCUCAGACACAAUUGACAAUGUGAAGGCUAAGAUACAGGACAAGGAGGGUAUUCCCCCAGACCAGCAAAGGUUGAUUUUUGCUGGAAAGCAGCUUGAAGAUGGCCGAACCUUGGCUGAUUACAACAUCCAGAAAGAAUCCACCCUCCACCUUGUCCUUCGAUUGAGGGGAGGUAUGCAGAUCUUUGUAAAGACUUUGACAGGAAAGACCAUAACUUUGGAGGUGGAAAGUUCAGACACAAUUGACAAUGUAAAGGCAAAAAUUCAAGACAAGGAGGGAAUCCCACCAGAUCAGCAAAGGUUGAUCUUUGCUGGGAAGCAAUUGGAGGAUGGAAGGACCCUAGCUGACUACAACAUUCAGAAGGAGUCUACUCUUCACCUCGUGUUGCGUCUUCGUGGUGGAUUUUAAGUUUUUGGAUGUUACUUAGUGGUUUUUUUAAUGUGUGAAAGUCCUUUAAGGUCUUUUGUUUUUAAUGUUACAGAACUUGCUACUGUAUGAAUCUCGAGUCCGUGAUGGCCCUUAAAUCUUUAGUUUGCUAUGAUAUUUGUAUAAUUCUGUUCUCACAGUAUACUUCAUGAACAUGUACUAUUUGCUAUCCUUCGAGUGGUCAAGUAUUAUUCUUUUGUUUUCUA